AUGGCAGAGUACGUGGAAUCGUUUGCAAAAGGGUUUCGAUCGCCCUACUCAAUCUCCGCGCCCGGCGUGGUGGAAGAGAAUGUGUUGACGGUGCCGGUGUACAGUGCGCUGUACCCCGACAUUGAGUUUGCUAUGUGGUUCACAUUCUUCCAGGACGGUACUGCGCGUGUCCAGAUGGACCAGCGCGGCGAGACGUACAAAGGCUGGAAGCGCUACGACCAAGCCGCGAUGUGGGCGAUCACGGAGCUCCCCGCCCCUGCGUUGGAUAUCGAGCAUAGGUAUGAUGAGAAGAAACAUAUUACUACGGUGCGGUGGGGCACCAUGUCGCCAAAGAACGAGAUGCGCUUGCAACACGACCCAGUGCGCAUUGAAUUUGUGCGUGACGGUGUGGUGCAAAUGGUGAUGAACGAGCGCGCAUUGUUGCAUAUGGAGCACUUCCGAGCUAAGCCAAACCCAUUCCCGACGCCCAAGGAGGGGGAUGCGUCCAAGCUCGCGUUCCAGCGCGCCGAGGCACUGGCCAAGCGCGCGCCAAAGAAGGGCGCGAAAACAAUAGAGCAGUGGUCGCGUUUCGAGACGGAGGAUGCAGGCGAAUGGGAGGAGACGUGGGACCAAAUAAGAGACUCAAAACCCAAAGGCCCCGAAGGCGUUGCGCUCGAUAUUUCUUUCCCGGGCUACGACACGCUCUACGGACUUCCGGAGCACGCAAGUCCAUUGUCUUUGCGCAGCACACGCGCAGCGCCGCCAGGCGAAGAGGAAGAAGAGAAUCGGUACUCGGACCCGUACCGCUUGAUGAAUACAGAUGUGUUUGAGUACAAGCACGAUAGCCCUAUGAGUCUCUACGGCAAUGCGCCUAUUCUCCACGCGCAGAGCAAAGGCAGCGCCGUGUCUGUUCUUUGGAUGAACGCGGCAGAGACGUGGAUUGACUUGCACAAGACGUCCAAGCGUCCCGGGACACCGCUGCGCUCGCAGACGCGCAAACCGACCAGUGCGUCGCCGCAGGACAAAAGUCUCUAUUCGGGCGGCUCCGCCCCACAUUCUUCCCACGCCCACUUUUUCUCCGAGUCUGGCAUACUGGAUUUGUUUGUUUUUCUUGGGCCCUCGUCCGCACAGAUCAUGCAGCAGUUCACCGCUCUUGUGGGCCGCACAGCGCUGCCGCAGUACUUUGCGAUCGGCUACCACCAAUGCCGCUGGAACUAUUUGUCGGACAAGGAUGUCGUCCAGGUUAGCGAGCAGUUCGAUGCUGCGGACAUGCCCAUGGAUGUGAUGUGGCUUGAUAUCGAGUAUAGCAAGGACCACAUGUACGGCGUGUGGGAUCAGAGUACGUUUCCCGACCCCGAACGUAUGGUCGACGCACUCGACGACCGCGGCCGCAAAUUGGUGCUCAUCAUGGACCCGCACUUGAAAAAGACGCACACAUACUACCUGUACCAAGAAGCCAAGGACAAUGGACUGCUUGUCAAGACCAAAGACGGCACCACAGACUACGAGGGCGACUGCUGGAGCAAACGGGCGAGCUGGAUCGACGUAUUCAACCCUGCCUCAUGGCUCUGGUGGAGCGAUCAGUUUUCGCUCGCGAAACGCAAGCUCAAGGCAAAUGCGCGCAACGUGUUCGUUUGGAACGAUAUGAGCGAGCCGGCCAUCUUUGACGGCCCCGAGGUUACCUCGCCGAAAGAUGUAAUCCACCACGGCGGCUGGGAGAACCGCGACGUGCACAAUAUCAACGGUCUGAUCUACCAGAACCUGACCGCGACGGGCCUAACCGACCGUGAGCUCGGCACCACGGACAAGGACGGACUGUUUGGCGUGCAGCGCAGGCCGUUUGUGCUGAGCCGUGCUUGGUGGCUCGGCUCCCAACGCUUCGGUGCGAUCUGGACGGGCGAUAAUAUGGGUACAUGGGAACACUUUGCCGUGAGUGUGCCCAUGAUCCUUUCUAAUGGCCUUGGUGGUAUGAGCUUCUGUGGCGCAGAUAUCGGGGGCUUUUUUGGCAAUCCCGACGAGGAGCUGCUCCUUCGCUGGUACCAAGCAGGCAUCUUUGAGCCGUUUUUUCGCGCGCACGCCCACAUUGAUACAAAGCGCCGCGAGCCGUACUUGUACGAUGGCACAACGCGCGAUGCGCUCCGCCGAUUGCUCCAGCUGCGCUACCAGCUCUUGCCUGUAUGGUACACUGCAUUCUGGAAAUCCCACAUGAAUGGCCAGCCCGUCCUCAGGCCACAGCAUCUCAUGUUCCCUUUGGAUACACAGGGGUUCGCGGUGGAUGAUCAGUACUACCUGGGCGACUCUGGCUUGCUUGUAAAGCCACCGGUCCAGCAGGGCGUGUCGAGCGUCGCGAUGUACCUGGCCGAGCCCGAGACGUACUACCACUUCUACACCCAUCACCUGUAUCAAGGCGUAGGCCGCAUUAUUGUUCCUGCGCCGCUCACGCAUGAGCUUCCGCUGCUGCUUCGCGGCGGUAGCAUUUUGCCUGUCCGCGAACGGAACCGCCGCGCGGCGGAGCUUCAGCGACUGGAUCCUUUUACGCUGUACAUUGCCGUCAGUACACUCCAUGCGCCGGUACUUGCAUCUGGCCAGCUGUACAUGGACGACGGACAAACAUUUGCGUACCAAGAGCAAAAUGCUUUUAUUGCACGCCAGUUCACGCUCACCUACAAGCGCAACAGCUUCCAGCUUGCGUCGGCCUCAGUGACAAGAGCAGCAGGGGACAUGGCCGAUGGGACGGAUGUGGCAUUGCAGCACCCCAACAAUCCGUUCGCACACGCCAUGGAGCAGGUGCGUGUAGAGCGUGUGGUGAUUUUGGGCCUCCCCCGCGCACCGAAAAAGAUUGUCGCGCGCGAUGCAAACGGUACAGCCGUGCAUGUGCCCUUCCACUUUACGCCCGCCGAGCGGCGCAAACCGAGCCAAGACGAUGCGAGCGAUUCGUGUGCGUCCAAAUUGGUGCUGCGCGACCCGAAGCUGGGCAUUGCACACGACUGGGUACUGGAUAUAGAGUAG